AGAAACGGGGGCGCGUGCGCGUGUGUGGAGCAGCUGCUUCGCAUUGUGCGAGGCGGGGACUGUUUGUGCUGCCGCUCCUCUUGGCGCGCGCCCGCGCGCGCGCACACACACACACACACACACACACACACAGCGGCGGUAGCAGCAGCAGCAGCAUCCUCUGCCAGAGGAGGAUGAGGAGCGUGGCGAAGGAGGAGGAACGGAUUCCAGCAGCCGGUUCGGCGCGCGCCCACCGCCCCACCGCUCUGAGUCAAUCCAUUGGAAGAAGGAAAUCAUCUGCAUAAAAAGGAAACGCAGUAUUUCUUUCAACCUGACCAAUGAUCAUCAGUUGUGUAGAAAAAAGCAGAAAAGUUUUCACUGACUAUGGAGUUUGGUGGGCAAGGCUGAGAGGGACCAUGCUAAGGACUGCCUGAACGUGCCAGCUGCGGACGGAAGAGGUGGAUGCAAAGAGGCACAUUGAGCACUUGGAAUGUUUUCUGUCAGGUAGCAUCAAGGAGGGAGAGGCCACCCCAGCCUCAAGACGUGCAGCGUGAGACGUAAGGACCAUCUCAGCCUUUGACAUGAAGAAAGAUAUAGAUGCCUUAAUAGCAGAGGAAAGGGCAGAAAUCAUUGCGAAGUAUGAGAAGGGAAGGCAGGAAGGAGCUCAGAUUGAUCCGUGGGAAGAUGCUGACUUCACUCUCUACAAAGUCACUGACAGAUUUGGGUUUUUGCAUGAGCAUGAGCUACCAACCCGCAGUGCUCUGGAGGAGAAGCAAAAGCUUCAGGAGAUUGAACGAGUGGACAAAUGGCUGAAGAUGUUAAGAAAAUGGGGAAAAUACAGAAACAGUGAAAAGAUGUUCCGCAGAGUUUAUAAAGGGAUUCCCCUCCAGGUGCGAGGCCAAGUCUGGUCACUCCUGCUGGAUAUUGAAAACAUUAAGAUGGAGAAUGAAGGAAAGUAUGAGAAAAUGAAAGAACAAGCCAAGAGUUUCUCAUCAGAAAUCAAGCAGAUAGACCUUGAUGUCAAUCGCACCUUUCGAAACCACAUCAUGUUCCGGGAUCGCUAUGGAGUAAAGCAACAAGCCUUGUUUCAUGUCCUGUCAGCCUACUCAGUUUACAACACGGAAGUGAGCUACUGCCAAGGAAUGAGUCAGAUUGCAGCUAUCCUCCUGAUGUACUUAAACGAAGAGGAUGCCUUUUGGGCACUGGCACAGCUACUUACCAAUCAGAGGCACGCAAUGCAUGGAUUUUUCAUUCCUGGAUUCCCAAAGCUACAGAGAUUCCAAGCCCAUCAUGAGGCAAUCUUAAGCAAACUCUUUCCAAAGCUGAAGAAGCACAUGGACAAGGAACAGAUGUCUACAGGGAUUUAUACAACGAAGUGGUUCCUUCAGUGCUUCAUUGACCGGACCCCAUUUACUUUAACUCUGCGGCUAUGGGAUAUCUACAUUCUAGAAGGAGAGAGGGUUCUGACAGCCAUGGCCUACACUAUCCUCAAGUUGCAUAAAAAGCGCUUGUUGAAAAUGACCCUAGAGGAUCUAAGGGAAUUCCUGCAAGAAAAAAUUGCUGGCUCCUUGCAUUUUGAAGAUGAUAUUGUAAUUGAGCAAUUGCAAGCAUCCAUGGCCGAACUGCGCAAAAUGAAAUUUGACCUGCCACCCCCGGCAAAAUCUGAAGAAUUCCCCAAGAAACCUCUGGGGCUGGAGCUCUCUCUCAAUCCGGUGUCAGUGAAGCCUAAUGUUGCAGCUAACGGCCAGAAAAAGGCGGCCGGGGACCUCAACCAUGACAAAGAUGUUGUAUUGCAACCUUCUCCAGAUAAAAGUCCUACUUACUUGAACGAAACAAUAGUUAAUUCAAAUAAGGCAAUGCAUGAGAUAGUCUCUGUUCCACAACCCAAUGGACCACCCAUCCAAGCUGAACCAGCUGAUGUGCACCAAAAUCCAUUCCAGAAUCAUCAUCAGCCAAGCCAAAAGUUUGAAAUGGAAGAGAAACAAGUAGAAGAAAAUGCCAAUGAAAUCCCAUUGGAGGAUGGUCCUAUAAUGCCGGAUGAUAUUGAGGUCAUUGGAGAAAGUCAGGAUGUGGUGAUGGUCUGUAAGGUGGCUGAAUCAUUGGAGAGCAGUGGUGUAGAGAGGUAUAGUUUACAGGAAAAUAACCCCUGUCUUUUUAUAGAUGAUAUAGACCAUGCUGCUCCCCAGCAGCUUCAAGGUGAGACAGAUGGAUUGCCAAUGGACAACUCUCUCUGGGAGGAGUCUCACUUGCAGAGCCAGACCUUAGAAGCAGACCUGUCUAUCACCCCCAAUAGUACAGAGACAGUAUCGGAGUCAGAGAUAUUCUGCCAAGUGCCAUUGCUUCCAUCUCUUGAAGAGAAAAGAACCUCAGAGUUGGCAUCAUCUGUGUGCAAUGAUGCAGCUCUUCAAGAUGGGAGCAUCACCUGCUCCUCUGAGGAUUUAUUAUCUGAAGAUGUUGUGCUGCUUCCAGAUCACCUGUACCAGCCUCCAAGUCCAGACUUGUCUUCUAUGGCAGAACAUAGCCAGUCCACAACAUGUGACUUGUCAGAAAGCACAGCUGCUCCAUGUCCGACCAAAGCACUUGCUGCUCUUCUUCUCCCAUUUCAGGAUGGACAACGGCGACCUUCUAAUGCAUCUCAGUAUGAUAACCUGUCUGAAGGGGACAAUGGAGAAGAGAAAUCUCCUGUACAGGUGCCUGGUUCUAAGAAACUGGCAGUUUUAAUACCACAGACUGAGCUCUGUGCUCCUGUGUUAAAGUGUACAGUGCCCAAGUCUGCAUCAGUUGGGGAGCUAGAAAAUCUGCAGAGGCAAAAUUGGGAAACGGUAGAUUUGAUGCAACAGGCCAACGAAUACGGCCAGCCCAUUUCAUUUGCGGUGCUGUAUCCUCACAAGAACCACCCUGGUGGGGGCAGUGUGCCAAUCUUAUCUGAGCUGGACUCCGAGAUGCCGUUGCUGUCAGAAGGCUUCCAAGCCCGGCCCACUUCAUCCCCGGUGCUGCAGGAGCAGCACAGCCCCUUCAGAAUAGUAAAGACUACCACCCCGCUUCACUUGGCUCAUGCUACUGAGCAAGACUUCUCAAGCAAAAAGCAAGUGGCUCUGCCCUUGCCAGAAGCCAGCUGCCAUGAUGCAGGUGAUGCUGGGACACUUCCUCCUGUAGCUAUGGAAACUCUGGGUGGGGAUGCCAGGGACUGUGAGCAGAAGUCACGGAACACUUUGAGUGGUUCACCUGCCCUUCAAAGGCCAAAGCCAAAAAUCCCACCCAAGGUUUUCAAAACUCAUUCAGAUAACAAUUUCUACCCCGGCUGCCCUCCCAUGGUGCAAAUGUCUAAGUCAGUCACAUUCUAGUAGAGCUGAGAAUGAGGAAAUUAAGGUUUCACAGCGCUUAUUCAUGAGAGGUUUGGAAUGAGAAAGCACAGCCUAAGGAGGCAACUGCAUUGCCAGUCAUACUGUAUGCCAAUAAUUCAGGAUGGAGCUUAGAAUACAGGCCAGUAGACAAUGCCUGUAGAUGGAUUCUUUACAAAUUUGGGUUCUCCUCUUCAGACAGCUCCCAAAGUGCUUUUGAAUCCGGCUUUUCAUCUCCUCUUUUACAACCGAGUAGAUGUCUAACAGAUUUAACCUGACAAAACCAUUUGAACUAUUUCUUUCCAAACCCUUACAGCUGAAAAUUUAAG